GGGCUGGGCGUGUGCCGCGGCCGCCGGCGGGGCGCGCUCCCGCUCCGCUCCCGCUCUCCCCGCACGCACAUUGUCCGGGCGCGGCGGCGGCACAGCGCCCCGGCGCCCCGUGCCAAUGCGGGGCGGGCGCGGCACGCCGGGGGCGCCUCCACCACCGCGGUGGAAACUUCCCCUCGCCGCCGGGCCGACGCGCGGCUGAAGCCCCCGGCGGGGAGGAGCGGAGCGGGGUUUCUCCCGCCUGGGGGGGCGCCUCAUCUAGUUUGGUUUUUUCCUACGUUGGAAGGGCAAAAGCGAAUAAUACUCUUGCCCGGGUUUAAACUUCCGCGCUUGGCUCUCCAGGACGCGCAUCCCGCCCGGCGGGGUGGACGAGCCGGUGGUGGUGCUCCUGGAAAUCCUGAGCUGGGGUCAGCUGGAAGAUGACCGAGUACAAGCUGGUGGUGGUGGGAGCAGGUGGUGUUGGGAAGAGUGCUUUGACGAUACAGCUCAUUCAGAACCAUUUUGUUGAUGAGUAUGACCCCACAAUAGAGGAUUCCUACAGAAAGCAAGUAGUCAUCGAUGGAGAGACCUGUUUGUUAGACAUCUUGGACACUGCAGGGCAGGAGGAGUACAGUGCCAUGAGAGACCAGUACAUGAGAACGGGGGAAGGAUUCCUGUGUGUCUUUGCCAUCAACAACACCAAGUCCUUUGAAGAUAUUCACCAGUACAGGGAGCAGAUCAAGAGGGUGAAAGACUCAGAUGAUGUUCCCAUGGUGCUGGUGGGGAAUAAAUGUGACCUCCCUGCACGGACAGUGGAGACCCGGCAAGCGCAGGACCUGGCCCGGAGUUACGGGAUCCCCUACAUAGAAACAUCUGCCAAAACCAGACAGGGCGUUGAGGAUGCCUUCUACACCUUGGUGCGGGAGAUCCGGCAGCAUAAGCUGCGCAAGCUGAAUCCCCCAGAUGAGAGCGGCCCUGGCUGCAUGAACUGUAAAUGUGUGGUAUCGUGACUAUGCUGUCUGGACCGUGUCUUGGUGAGGUUCCCACCGUGCAGUGCUCAAGGAAAAAGGUGAAGCAAAGGAAGAAGCAAAUGGAUUCAGAGGAGUAUGGGGGGGGAGAGGAGGAGGAGGAGGAAGAGGACAGGGGGAGCAUGACUCCAAGGACUAUCUCGCACUUCACCCAAGCCUGCGGCAAACAACUUCUUUUUUUUUUAUCCCCAUCCCCUCAUCCUUUGGCUCCUCCCACCCCGGCAACUGUACAAAGCCACAGAUUGAAUCACAGUAAAUUAUUAUUUGAUCGUCUCAACAAAUCA